CCCCUCCUUGAGUAUAUAAAUUACUACUGCGGGCUUCUUUUCGUAUAGACUUAAAGAAAUCAAGAAAAAGAAAUGGAAAAAAAUAUGUGUAAGUGGCUAAGAAAUUGGACCAAGAAAAUGGCCCUAGGAUUGCUUACAGAUGUCGCACAUAUGAAGUUUGUUUGGUUUCUGAACAUAUUCCACAUGCUACGAUUGUGUUACUUAGCAUGCCAGUGAGGUAGGGUCCAAAGUGCAGUGCCUGGUGAAAAGAGACACAUAAACACAUCUCUUUUUUGAACCACAUUUGGUCACCUUUAUUUGGGCCUUGGUGGAGCCUAAACCAUUCCUUUUCGUUCCUAUAAGAACACACCCUCCCUUCGCUUCUCUUUUCAUGCAAACCCAAAAGAAAGAAAAAAAGAAAAGCGUCAAUCAUUAUUCUUUCAAACUUCAAGAAUGAUCCAUCCAUCCAAUAGAGAGAACUACUGAGAGCAAAAAGGUUCACCGAACUACUCUUGAAGCCAACCAAUAAGAUUCUAGUAGAAAAAGAAAGCAAAUAAAUCCCACAAUUUUGAUAAGAAGAGAUGAAGAUGAAGAGUUCUACAACGGGAGGGUCUAAGAGGAGGUGUCCAUUCAAAGUAAAUGGAGGGUUCCUCAGGGAAGAAAGGGGCAGGCUUUACAUAAUAAGAAGAUGUAUUAUUAUGCUUCUCUGCUGGCAGGACUGAAACAAUAUAUAUAUAUAUAUAUGGAGAAAUUUGAAGAGAAUUCUCUACAGAUGCUACUAGGAUGUUAAUUAGCUACUAGUUUUAGAUUUUCUUUUAUCAUAUGUGUAUAGCAAAUAUAAGGAUCAUCUUUUGUUUUUUUUUUUUUCCUUCACUGCUCUCCUAGGCUUCUCCUACUGCUUGGUAUAACAACUCUUUCUUUGAAAUUAUGGUCAGAAUUUUACUUUAUGCUUGAAAACUUGAUUCAGUGCAUGAAUGAAUCCGAAUUUCUAAGUUUUAUCUUUGAUCCGUUUUCUUUUACUUGUUUCAUGGUUAGGAUGAUUUUAUUUCUUUCGACUCCUCAUAAUAGUUAUAGAGAUUUGCUUCUCAGCAUAAAUUUUCAACUUCUUGGCUGCCUGUGAAAGAAGGAACUCAACCUUUUUUUUGGGUCAAAAUCUUAUCAUCUUACACGUCUUGUCCAAUGAAUUAGGGGGAAAAAGAAGUAAUCAUAUCUUAUAUAUUCCGCAAUAGAGCACUGGGACUUGAGAUCAGAUGCAGGCUGGUAAUUACAUCAACUCAAAUAUUAUUCACUUAAGAAAUGCAAAUUGGAAACUUAACUGAUGUGUUACAGUUUUGUUUCAUUUCUUCUUUGAAAGAGGUUUCGACUUUCAUGCUUGAAUGAAGGGAAGCAAAAUCUAAUGCUAUUUCUUGUGUUAGUGGC